GAGAGAGAGAGGUAUAUAUAGAGAGCGGUAGAGAGAGAGCGUGAGAAUAGAGAGAGUGAGAGAGAGAAGUUCUUUCUCAUUAAGCGACCAACCAGGUUCAGCUUAGCACACUGUCUGAACACACACACAGAGCGACAGCUUAGCACACUCUGUCUGAACACACACAGACACACAGCGACAGCUUAGCACACUCUGCUGAACACACACACAGCGACACACACACACAUAAAAAGCAGAAGUGGUGAGAGGCACAGGGUUUGGGGCAACGUGGUUGGCUAUGGCUCACGGCUCUGACAGCGAUGACUCCAGUUACACCAAGUCUCCUUCGCCAGCGGGCAGCAGGCGGGGCUCCUCAGACAACAUAAAGAAAGUAAUGAGAAGAGAGAAGAACCGUAUCGCUGCCCAGAAGAGCAGGAUGAGACAGACCCAGAAGGCAGACAGUCUACACCUGGAAAGUGAGAACCUGGAGAAGGAGAACGCGGCUCUGAGGAAGGAGGUGAAGAAACUCAAAGAAGAAGCCAAGUAUCUCUCCUCUGUCCUGACUACCCAUGAGCCUCUCUGCACUGGCCUGCCCCCCCAGAUGACCCCUGACCUCAUCUACUCCCCCCAUCAUCACUCCGUCUCCCCCCACCAUCACGGGAGCAAUGUCUUCCACCACCAGCACAGCAUCGCUGUGUCGCACUUCCAGCACUGAUCACCACCGACCACCAGGGGGUGCUGAAGAGAAGCGGGAGAGGUUUACUGACCUGGAUAUAGUGGGUGAAGAGAGCCACUUGAACUAGCCUCGCUAAACCAGGUCAAGAGGCUACACUUGAACAAGAUGAAGUUAAUGAAUGUUUUUUUUUUGUUUCAACGGGAACAGACGGCACUCAUGAAUGAUGUCUUUGCAUCAGAUCAACAAUUUUCUGAUAUUAAAAGAUGACAAAGGCUUCUUUUACACAGGCAGCCAAAUUCUGAUCUUUUGCCCAAUUAUUGUCAAAAUGUCUGAUUGGUCAAAAAAAUAAUUAAUGACAAAAGAUCAGAAUUGUGUAAAGGCACCUAGAUGGUAAUUUCAAAUGUAUGACUCGACCAUAGAAUCAAGACCUUGACUAUGCCAAUAGUCAACAUCUACAGGACAUAAAACCAGCAUGAUUGAAUGAUUUUUUUUAUUGUACUAUUGACAUUUAUACAACAAUGAAAGGAUUCCGUGUUUACGUUUCAAGUAAUUUAUAUUAUAUACUAUUACAACGCUUUGCCGCCAGGACUGGGACGAUACUAGUAUCACGAAGAUACUUGUUAGUAUUGUGGCAAGGGAACAAAACACAAAGCAGAUUUAACUUCUUUAGAAAAACAGUCUUAAUGUUGGAAACGAACAUCACUAUGUUAUCAUCCAGAGUCACAUGUAGUUAUUUUCCAGGCUAUAUCACAACCUAUGUUCCAUAAAGCAGGUUUAGGACCAGGCUAUAUCACAACAUAUGUUCCAUACAGCAGGUUUAGUACCAGGCUAUAUCACAACAUAUGUUCCAUACAGCAGGUUUAGUACCAGGCUAUAUCACAACAUAUGUUCCAUACAGCAGGUUUAGUACCAGGCUAUAUCACAACAUAUGUUCCAUACAGCAGGUUUAGUACCAGGCUAUAUCACAACAUAUGUUCCAUACAGCAGGUUUAGUACCAGGCUAUAUCACAACAUAUGUUCCAUACAGCAGGUUUAGUACCAGGCUAUAUGACAACAUAUGUUCCAUACAGCAGGUUUAGUACCAGGCUAUAUCACAACAUAUGUUCCAUACAGCAGGUUUUUAAAGGACCAAAGAAUCUGAUCUGGUUCGUGUUUUCCUUCUUUGCCAUAGAAAUAAAUAUCGCAAUACUGGUAUCAUCCCAGCCUUUAGUUUUUUUUUUGUGUGCAUUUCUCAUGUUCACGACUACCACUAUUGCACAUGACUGAUUGGAGCGUUGGAAAUAGCUUGGAUUACUCAAUGAUGUGUACAUUAUUUUACUAUUUUUCUCACAAAACAGCUGCUUUUCUAGUCUGAUUUGAAUACGUGUACAUUCUGCCUAAAGUGAAACAGUUUGAAAAUAACUUUGUUGACUCAAGAGUCUACCGUUCGAAUCAUCUUGAAUUCGUUUUUU